AUGAAAUAUCAUUUACGUCCAGGCGCUUGGGAGGCUGUAGACUUUAACACUGUAGCUAAAAUUAGUAAUAAUACAAAUGAUAAAGUGAAUGAUAAUCUUGUUGCCGAGUUUAAUAAAAAUGAAAAGAAAGAAAUAGAGAAGGUCUCACAAGAUAAUAAUAAUAAUAAGAGAAAACUUACUUAUCAAUACAACAAAUUUAUAAACUUUAAGUUAAUUAUCUUUCAUCAAUAA